AUGAGUGAUAAAAAUUUAAACAGUUCUAAUCGAUUUAUAAACUACCAUCCACAUGAUUACCUACCUUAUCGAACCCCACCAAAUAAUUCUUUAUAUCUUCCUCCAUUUAAUCCACCUUUAAGAGAUAAUGAUUUGGAAUAUUAUAUACCACCCGUGCAAAAUGGUCCUUCAUUUAUAUCACAAAAUAAUAGUACCAUAAACUACCAACCGAAUCCUAUGUAUGUAUCUAAUAAAGGAAUUACAGGGAAAAUAGUUGGAGAGUCGACUAAGAAGACAAUUGAUGUGCCAAGUGAUGAAGAAACGAUUGAAGAAAUAAUUGAUGAAACGGUUGAUGAAAUGAUUGAUGAAACGGUUGAUGAAAGUGAGCUUGAGGAUUCUAAUAACAGCACUCUUUGGUCACACCCUGAUAUUAAUAAACUUCUUGGCAUAUUGGCUGUAAACUGGGAGUUAUAUAAAUCUAAUAAAACCAAAUUCUGUGCAACUGCUGCUAUUAAAUUGGGAAAAAAUAAAACCGGAACACAGGUAAAGACUAAGUUACAAAACCUUAAGACGAAAUAUUCUAAUGAAAGAAAGGAAGUUACUGGUAAAGCAACAUCUAAAUGGCCAUAUUUAGAAAAAAUGGAUCGUUUAUUUGGUAGUAGAGAAAACAUCAAUCCAGAUUAUUUAAUUUGGUCUUUAUCUUCAGAUGAAAAAGACAAGGCAAUAGGUAUGAAAGAAGAAAGGGCCAAAGAGAAAACUUCAGCCGCAUUUGCACGAAUCGAUUUUGAGCGUGAAAAAUUUAAUAAAGAGUUUAAAGAAAAAGUUACGGAAAGACAAAAUAGAAUAGACUUAGAGCGUGAAAAAUUAAAGAUGGAAAAUGAAAGACUUACUAAACAAAUGGAAAUGGAUCAUAAAUUACAAAUGGCAGAGCUUGAAUUCAAAUAUAAAUGUAAAAAGGAUAGUGAAAUUGAAGAAAAUGAUUAG